CCCUCCUUCCCUCUCACUGUUGACUGUGAGUGCCACUGCAAAAAGCUUAUUCUUCUCUCCCUGUGCAACUUUUGCAGACCCAAAACGCCAUUAAACGAAGGGAAAGCUUUCCCCCUUUUCUUUAUUUAUUUAUACCCCCUCCUUUCUCUACUCCUCAUUCACACUCUUCAAACCAAUUAAUCAACCAACCCCCAAUUUACUUACUCUGGCUUUUCCUACCAUGGACGUUUUCAGCCUUCUCAAAUUCUGGCGAAAUGCCGGCGUCGGAGACCCCAUUAGCGCCGGUGAUUUUGAUAUUACGGACGACGAAGGAUCAUUUUUCGAUUUGGUUUUCACAAAUCCGAACAAUCUCGAAGACCAAGAAUGUGGCGAAUCUCCUUCUGUCAACGUCAUUAGUGGCUUCCACAGUGACCACUACCAACAAUUUUCAAAGUUGGGUGGCGCUGAUUCAAAGUCAAAUCACACUUAUUCGUCUCCCCAUGCCGUGUUUUUCAACAAUAAGAGGAAAAUUUUGCCACUAGAUUCCUCCAAUACGAAGACGCCGAGGUCUCCGUUUCGAGGUUUGAUGCUGGGGUUUCAGAAUAACAAAACCAAGUUAGACAAGAAGGAAAUGAAAUGCGAAAUCGAAGAGGUUACGAUUAGUUCAUUGCUCAAAAGAGAUAACAGUUUCAGGAACAAAUUGAGGUCGGAGAAGUUUCUAGAUCAUGAUCAGAUGUCGUCUAAGCGUUUCUCGAAGGACGUUGUUCACAAGUACUUGAAUCUGAUUAAGCCUUUGUAUAUUAAGGUCUCGAAAAAGUCUAACGACAAGGUGAAGUCGCCGGAUCAGACUUCCUUCCCGUCGUCGUCUCCGGCGACUGCACCCGUAUUUUCUCCAAGGAAGGAAGAGAAACCGUCAGGGAGGACAGUAUUUAAAGAGGUCCGUAAGCAUUUAGGCAAAAGUCGCUCCUCUUCGUCAUCCUCCGCCACCAUUAAAUCGAUUCCGUCACCGGCGUCCAGGAACGACGAUUCAGCUUUGCAACAACAAGACGGAAUCCAAAGCGCCAUACUACACUGCAAAAGGUCGUACAAUUCACCUUCUCAAGGGUGCAAUGUUCUUUCAAGAUCUGGAAGUGCUCCAUCUCAUGGGCCUCGAAUCUCCAUUGAUGAAGAGAAAAGAAGCAGCAUCUGAUCUAAAGAAGAAAUGGCGGGAAUAUAUAUUCAUGUAUUUAGUUUAGUACACUGGUUAGUACUAGUAGCAUCAUAAAAAAAAUUAAUGUGUGAAAAUUUAGAAAGAAAGAAGUAUGUGGUAGCAAAGUGGAAAAGAGUCGAAGUGGAAGGUGGUAAGUAGGGUUUUGAUGUAAAGUAAAGGGUGAUGAUUAUAUCAUCAGAAAUUCAGAGUUGUGACAGGGAAGAUUAAAAGAAAUGAUGAAG